UACAUCGUUUUCUGAUUUUGUCCCAGUGUGUUGUCUUCAUUGACUUUUAAGUCAUAACUAUUUACCAAGCAAAUUCAUGGAAACAUACUCUUAAGUCGAAGCUAUUAAGGAUCAUUCUGUCCAAAACUAUAUAAAAUAUCGAAUUACCCUGGGCGGACUCAAUAAUCCUGGGUGCGUUAGAGGGAGUUAACAGGCGGUGGAUGUCAACAAAUGGCCGUCGUUAUUAGUGUGUAGUGUAGGCUACUAUGUAUAAGGUAAUUUUAACGCCUUUUUGUGAAUAGAUGUAAGUUAAGUUGUUAGUGCUAUGGCUGAACAAAAGUACAGUCUAUCCACUAUCCCGACUGUCACUAACAAGAAGAUCCAAGAACAGCCAUGGUACAGAGAACGACUCAGAACUAAGUAUAUAAAGUCAUUGAAGCCCACAGAUACAUGCAAAUCCUUGUCUGGAAAAACAUGGACAUUUUUGAAAGAUGGAUUAGACGAUUUCAGAGAUGGCCUACCUCCCCCAUUAGAUAGUGGGUUUCUAAUAGAGAGAUCAAAGGGCAUCUCACCCAACAUAACUGGCAGCAAUGGGAACUUGACCUCCGUCAAACAACAAGCAGCUCGAGGGCGUUACACCAAAGAACAGAUGUGCUAUUCACGAUGCACACCUCUUCAACAGCAAAGACGAGAUCAUAUUGAUGAAAUAGAAUAUGGGUUGAGUCAGCACCCACUGGCUCUCUACCCUCAUCUUGAAGAAUGCAUCCCUCCUGAUUUAUUUGAGGAAGUGGUGGAGAUACUGGACCCAGAAAUGAAUCUUGAUUCUGAAGAUGCAUCCAUUGAUGAAGAUGAUGAUGAAGAUGAGGUAACCCUAGACCGUGACAGUAAAAUAGGAGGAGAAAAAACAGCAUCCAGGGAAAGAAUGACUUCAGAAGUGGACUCAUCCGAGCAGCCUGUCAGGAAUCCCUACAGAUGGCUGCCCAGGGUAGAGGAGAAGAAAGACAAGAAAAAGAGUAGUGAUAAACGAUCUAGUUCACCCUCACAGGAAGAACACAUCAAGAGUGUGACAAAAGAGUUUUGUGACUGGGUCUCCAGUUUAGGGGGUGAGAGUAACAACAUUGAGGAAUCCACCAUCACAAGUUUGUUUGCCAGUGGGUAUGAGACCAAGCCAGCUCUGUCUGUGCCCAUCCAUGUGGUGGAGUUGACGAAUGUCCCUCCAGAACUGAGAAUGUCCUCAGCGGUACCAGUUCAACAGCCCAACAAAAACCUCCCAACAAAAGCUGACAAGAAAAAAGAAUGGGUCCACUCUGGGAGCUAUGAACCAAGCUGGGUGAAGUUCCGUUACGGAGCCUGGUAUCUUCCUCCUAAAACCUGGGAGAAGCGUGAUUUCACAGACCCUCUUAGAGACCCCAAAGAGCUGAAAGACCAAGAGUCUUCUGAUGCUAAGGAAAAGAGUCAUAAACUGAAUGUGGACCUUUCACAGAUGCAUGGAUCAAAAGCAUUUAUGGAUUUUAUGGAUAAGAAAGGGACUAGAAAACCAGAGUUUCUGGAUGAAAUCCGAACCAUCCAAAGAAAAGCUAUGGAAGAAGACAGGCGACGACUUCAAGUUGAACAAGCUGCAAAAAUGAAAAAACUUCAUGUAUCACAAAAAGCUGCUUUCUAGGAGCAAAAUUUUACCAGAGUAUAUUGAUGGAUGCGGUAAUGUUUUCUGAGGCAGGGACUCAGUGUGGUGUGGUGGAUUGGCUGAAAUACAUGCAGUCUUUGCAAGGCAGUGUUCAUGUGUUUGGUGUAUAUUUAUU